UUUCCGGUGGUGGGAAAGUGAAGGCAGCCAGAGUCAAAGCGGCGCGUCCUGAGGCAGGUGGGGUGCUGCGGAAGAGGGCAGGCAGGCGGCGGCGGCUCGCACCUCCCGAGGGCCGCGGCGGAGAGGGAAUGGAGCGGGGAGGCGCCGCGGAGGCGCCGUCCGUCCCGCUCGGGGUUAGGGAACGAGGCUCUGCGCCCGGGCUGGCCCGGGAGCUGUGAGCUGCGGGUCCCAGCAUGAGUGCGGGCCCCGGCUGUGAGCCCUGCACCAAGCGACCCCGCUGGGGCGCCGCUGCGACGUCUCCGCCGGCUGCCCGAAGCUUCCCCGGCAGGCAGAGGCGCGUCCUCGACCCCAAGGACGCUCCCGUGCAGUUCAGGGUCCCGCCGUCCUCGCCAGGCUGCGUCCCGGGGCGGGCGGGACCGCACAGAGGCAGCGCCACCUCGUUUGUUUUCAAACAAAAGACUAUCACUAGUUGGAUGGACACUAAAGGAGUCAAGACAGCUGAAUCAGAAAGUUUGCCUAGUAAAGAAAACAAUAAUACGAGGAUAGAAUCCAUGAUGAGUUCUGUACAGAAAGACAACUUUUACCAGCAUAACAUGGAAAAACUAGAAAAUGUUUCUCAACUAAGUCUUGAUAAAUCACCCAUUGAGAAAAGUACCCAGUAUUUGAACCAGCAUCAAACUGCAGCUAUAUGUAAGUGGCAAAAUGAAGGAAAACAAACAGAACAGCUUUUGGAAAGUGAACCUUCGACAGUAACUCUGGUACCAGAGCAGUUUAGCAAUGCUAAUAUUGAUCAGUCACACCAAAAUGAUGAUCAUAGUGAAACAGAUAGUGAAGACAAUAGAGAUAAUCAACAAUUUCUGACACCUAUAAAACUUGAAAAUGCAAAACAGACCACUGGUGAUGAACAGACCAGAGAAGCCAGAAGCCACCAGAAGUGUAGCAAGUCUUGUCAUCAUGGGGUGGACUGUACCACCUGUCAGCAGGAGAAGACAGAUGUGGUGCCAGAGAGUCCAUUGUCAGAUGUUGGCCCUGAGGACAUUGAUGCUGGACCAAGAAAGAACAAAUUGAGUAGACAAGAAAGUAGCCUGAGAAAUUCUCCUCCAUUUGAGAAGGAAAGUGAACCUGAGUCGCCAAUGGAUGUAGAUAAUUCCAAAAAUAGUUGUCAAGACUCUGAAGCAGAUGAAGAGACAAGCCCAGGUUUUGAUGAACAAGAAGAUGGUAGUUCCUCCCAAACAGCAAGUAAACCUUCAAGGCCCCAAGAAAGAGAGGCCGACACUGAAUGCAGGAGACGGCCCUCUGCUAAGGGAGGCGGGAUUCGGUCACAUUUCCAGUUUGAAGGAGGAGAGGACUGCACGGGAAUGAAUGAUGUGCACGCAAAACUACCUGGAAGUACUUCUGCCUUGAAUGUAGAAUGCAGAAAUUCCAAGCAACAUGGAAAAAAGGAUUCUAAAAUCACAGAUCAUUUUGUGAGACUCCCUAAAGCAGAAGACAAAAGAAAAGAACAAUGUGAAAUCAGACAUCAAAGAACAGAAAGGAAGAUCCCCAAAUACAUUCCGCCUCACCUUUCUCCAGAUAAGAAGUGGCUUGGAACCCCGAUUGAGGAGAUGAGAAGAAUGCCCCACUGUGGGAUCCGGCUGCCUCCCUUGAGGCCAUCUACCAAUCACACAGUGACUGUUCGAGUAGAUCUUUUACGAGCAGGAGAAGUUCCUAAACCUUUCCCAACACAUUAUAAAGAUUUGUGGGAUAACAAGCAUGUUAAAAUGCCUUGUUCAGAACAGAACUUGUACCCGGUGGAAGAUGAGAAUGGCGAGCGAACUGCAGGAAGCCGGUGGGAGCUCAUUCAGACUGCACUUCUGAACAAAUUCACACGGCCCCAAAACCUGAAGGAUGCAAUUCUGAAAUACAAUGUGGCAUAUUCUAAGAAAUGGGACUUUACAGCUUUGGUUGAUUUCUGGGAUAAGGUACUUGAAGAAGCAGAAGCUCAACAUUUGUCUCAAUCUAUUUUGCCUGAUAUGGUGAAAAUCGCACUCUGUCUGCCAAGUAUUUGCACGCAGCCGAUACCACUCCUGAAACAGAAGAUGAAUCAUUCCAUCACAAUGUCGCAAGAACAGAUUGCCAGUCUUUUAGCUAAUGCUUUCUUCUGCACAUUUCCACGACGAAAUGCUAAGAUGAAAUCGGAGUAUUCUAGUUACCCAGAUAUUAACUUCAAUCGGUUGUUUGAGGGACGUUCAUCAAGGAAACCAGAGAAGCUUAAGACACUCUUUUGCUACUUCAGAAGAGUCACAGAGAGAAAACCUACUGGGUUGGUGACAUUUACAAGGCAGAGUCUUGAAGAUUUUCCAGAUUGGGAAAGAUGUGAAAAGCCUCUAAUGAGACUGCAUGUCACUUCCGAAGGUACCAUAGAAGGAAAUGGUCAAGGUCUGCUACAGGUGGAUUUUGCAAAUCGUUUUGUUGGAGGUGGUGUAACCAGUGCAGGACUUGUGCAAGAAGAAAUCCGCUUUUUAAUCAAUCCUGAGUUGAUUGUUUCACGGCUCUUCACUGAGGUGCUGGAUCACAAUGAAUGUCUUAUUAUCACAGGUACUGAACAGUACAGUGAAUACACAGGCUAUGCAGAAACCUAUCGAUGGGCCCGGAGCCAUGAAGACGGGGCUGAAAGGGACGACUGGCAGCGGCGCUGCACAGAGAUUGUCGCCAUUGACGCACUGCACUUCCGACGCUACCUCGAUCAGUUCGUGCCUGAGAAAAUGAGACGCGAGCUUAACAAGGCUUACUGUGGAUUUCUUCGUCCUGGCAUUCCUCCAGAGAAUCUUUCUGCAGUGGCCACCGGAAACUGGGGCUGUGGUGCCUUUGGGGGUGAUGCCCGAUUGAAAGCUUUAAUACAGAUACUGGCCGCUGCUGCAGCUGAACGAGAUGUGGUUUAUUUCACCUUCGGGGACUCAGAAUUGAUGAGAGACGUUUACAGCAUGCACACUUUCCUUACUGAAAGGAAACUGACUGUUGGAGAAGUGUAUAAGCUGUUACUCCGAUACUACAAUGAAGAAUGCAGAAACUGUUCCACCCCCGGACCAGACAUCAAGCUUUAUCCAUUCAUAUACCACACUGUGGAGUCCUGUGCAGAAACCACCGACCAGCCAGGGCAAAGGACAGGGACCUGAGGAGCCAGUGAAUAGGACCUCCCACCUCUCACCAGAGACGUCUGUGUGAAUUAUCAGGUGUAAUAUAUGUUUGACCUAAGUUAAUAUAAACAUGUAUGUAAUCUACAUUUGCAGUCAAUGAUGCAAUCUCUUACACAUAUGCAAUUGUCGAUUUAUACAUCUAAACCUCCUCCAUCCCGAUUCCCCUUGGUCUAGAUAUGUUUUGUUUCCAUUUUCUUCUACUUCAGUCUUCAUUCUUUGAUUUUUCUCUUUUGCCCAUCAUAUUUCUUGUGAGAUCCCAUAAAAGGUUGUACUCAGCCUGUCGGGUCUCUUUUUUCAGGCCUUUAGGUUACACAGGUCAGCUCUGCAGCUCGCAGGUGCCACUGAUGCCGGGGAAGAAGGUGGCACCCAGGGAUCUCUGUUACUGGGUUUGCUAACAAUCUCCCUUCCACUCCUUAUUCGUGUUAUACUUGUAUCAUUUGAGCUUUGGAAUUUUCAAAAUUAAGAAUUGGAUUUUUUUCUAUACAUGUUGCCUAAUGCAAAUCUCUUAGGUUAAAACAAUUUUUACUUAAGACAAUAACUCCCAGAAUUGUUGUGUU